CAGGAUGGUGGCGACGAAGCCUCGGAUUGUCAUAGUGGGCGCCGGCCUAGCCGGUCUCUCGGCGGCGCUGCAUCUGUGCGGCGCGGGGCAGGACAGAUUCGAUGUCGUGGUAGCGGAGGCCGGCAGCCGCGCCGGCGGCCGGGUCCUCACGUCCGAGUUCGCGGGCCACCGGGUCGAGCUGGGCGCUACGUGGGUGCACGGCGUCGUCGGGAGCCCCGUGCACGCCCUGGCGCGCGACGCGGGCGCGCUCCGGGAUGACGCCGCCGACCUCCCGUACGAGCGCAUGGACGGCGGGUUCCCCGACCGCGUGCUGACCGUCGCCGAGGGCGGCAACGUCGUCGACGCGGACACGGUCGCCACGCCGAUCGACGAGCUGUACAGGGGCAUGAUGGACGCCGCUCGCGCUGGCGAGGCUGGCGGCGCAGGAGGCGGCGUGGAGGAGUACCUGCGGGGCGGGCUGCGAGCGUACCAGGCAGCACGCCCCGGCGGGAGCAAGGAGCUGGAGGAGGUCGAGGAGGCGCUGAUGUCCAUGCACAUCAACCGGGAGAGGACGGACACCUCCGCCGACGACCUCGGCGACCUCGACCUCGCGGCGGAGGGCGAGUACCGCGACUUCCCCGGCGACCACGUCACGAUCCCAGGCGGGUACACCCGCGUGGUCGAGCACCUCGUGGCCGCGCUCCCGCCCGGCGCUCUCCGCCUCGGCAUCCGGCUCCGUGGCAUCGACUGGAGCGAGACCCCGGUGCGCCUCCACUUCGCCGACGGAGCGACGACGCUCGCCGCCGAUCACGUCAUCCUCACGGUCUCGCUGGGCGUCCUCAAGGCCAGCGUCGGCAAGGACGCGUCCAGCCCGGGCGCUAUCGCCUUCGACCCGCCGCUGCCAGAGUUCAAGCGGGAGGCCGUCUCGCGUCUCGGCUUCGGUGUCAUGAACAAGCUGUUCAUCGAGGUGGAGGCCGUGGAACCGGAAGGCGGAGGCCACCAGGAGCCAGCCAGGGCGGCGGCGCCGCCGCCUUUCCCGUUCCUGCACAUGGCCUUCCUCGGGCACGCGACAAAGGUCCCGUGGUGGAUGCGCCGCACCGAGUCGAUCUGCCCCGUCAACGCGGGCUCCAGCGUGGCGCUCGCGUGGUUCGCCGGGCGAGAGGCGGCGCACCUCGAGUCCCUCCCCGACGACGACAUCAUCAGCGCGGUCGAUGCUACGCUGGACUCGUUCCUACCGGCGCCGCCGCGCAGCAGCGGAGCAGACGCGAGGGCAACGUCACGGUGGAGGGUGAAGAGGAUCAAGAGGAGCGGGUGGGCCACGGACCCGCUGUUCCUCGGGUCCUACAGCUACGUGGCCGUCGGAUCGAGCGGGGAGGACCUCGAUAGGAUGGCCGAGCCGCUGCCACGAGGAGCGGAGGCCGAUCGGACGCCGCCGCGGGUGCUGUUCGCCGGCGAGGCGACGCACCGGACGCACUACUCCACCACGCACGCGGCCUACCUCAGUGGCGUACGGGAGGCAAACCGGCUGCUGCAACACUACCGCUAAGUUCUUGCCUAUUUUCCUUCGACUGCACCCGCCAUGGAUGUGAUGUUUUGCUAGAGAGACCGACUCGACGAUGCGAAGGCACCGAGCCGUGUAGCUUACGAGUGUUCGGUACUUUGCUUCUUUUGAUUUGACAUGGUUCGCUUCCGUGGUUAGGGGAGAGA